GUCCGAUAAGCAAGACACAUUUACGAGUUCGGCUUUGUUUUGAAAUUACAAGACGAGCGAUUUCCGAUUCUUUGACGAACUGUCUCGAAAUGGAGACUGCAGAGAACCGAUUCGCUCAUUUGCUGCAGCCUAUCCGUGAGCUCACCCAGAACUGGAACAUUGAUGUGGCCUCAGAAUUAAACGAUUAUCUGGAGGAGCUGGAUGAGCUAUGCAUUGCUUUUGAUGGGGGGGAGAUCAAGCUAAACUUUGCAGAAGCGGCACUUCUUAUCCAAGGAUCAGCAUUUAUCUACAGCAAAAAGGUGGAGCUCUUGUACAGUCUGGUAUACCAAACUCUGGACUAUAUCAAUAACAGAAACAAGAAGCGUAAUAAACAGGCGGCGGCAUCUGGGAAUGAUGACGGAGGAGAAACGACGGUGCAUCAUGAUGCAGAUGAUGAUGCUGAUUUCAAGCUCUUGGAGUCUGAUAAUUCAGGAAAAACACAAGAGAUGGAUUCAAACAUGUUUGUGCACGUGGCACCACUUCCUCCUGAGUCUCUCAUUCCUGCUGAGUCCCAUGAGAAGCAGAAACUACCUCUGAUCAGUCUUAAAGGUGAAGUGCUGGGUAGCCAGAAAGACUUCCGCAUGAACACCUUUGUCCCAGGUGAUGAGCAUCUCAUCUACCUCAUCUCUCGCGGGGUUGCCUCCAAUUUAAUUGUCAGCCAUCAACACAUCAACCCCCAGAUGUGCUUCUCUCCCCCACAGCACCAAGAUGCAGUGGUACAAGCAGCCCAGGAUGGUGACGUCUGUUCUGACUAUGCCAAUGAGAGCUGCAAAGGAGAGGAGAACUUCAUUCCUGUUGGGAACUGCAGCAUGGAAAUGGACGAUGGACCAGAGGAGCACAUUGAAAGACACCAGGCUUCGAGGGAAGGCAGGAUGCUUUGUGAAAGAAGAGAUGUCCAGCCCUCAGAGGACGACCCCAAUAAACAGAGAAGGGAGGAGGAGAGAAAGCAGGCUGAAAAUAUGUGGCGGUUACAUGACCCCUUUACUGUACUUGGAGAGAACAAGCCUCUUAAAAAAGGAAAAUGUUACAAGGUGCCUGAUGGCUUGGACGUUGAAGGCAAGAGGAAAAGGACGCCCCCUUCUUCACUUGAAGACUUUACGACCUGGUUAAACAGUACAUUUAAUCCUCCAGAGCACAAACUAAAGAAUGGGCCCACAUUUACAGACCUGAACUACAUUUACCUGAGUACGAUGAAAGACAAGAUAAGGACUCGGACGAGGAUCCUCAGGAAAGCGGGUGUUGCUUUUUCAGAGGAGGGGCUGAGGAGAACGUUCCUGGAGCCGGGGAUGGCGGAGGGGUUGAGUCCCCCUGACCUGCAGGAUGACGAUAACUCUGAUGAUGAGCAUGAACCCUUACCUGAUGACAUUCCAGCAGAGUUUGCAGGAGGACAAGAAGAUAUGCAGCCAGAAGGCCAGAUAGAUGCAAUGAGUUAUGAAGACUUUGUCAGGAAAAGUGUGGAGCAGUACCUUCUGAGUUCCCAAGGUUACGCACAGGAGACGGCCCUGUCUCGGAGAGUCAAGGAUUGGGAGGACAAAAUCGGUCCUGUACUCGCGUCACAGGAGGAGCGCCCAGUGUUUGACAUCCAUGACUAUGGAGACAGAGUAGUGGGGGCAAUAGGUGGUGUAGGACAAAGGAAGUCCUUUGCUUCCAUCGUCCGUGGUUUGGACAACUUUGAAGUUUGCAAGCACAUGCUGGCGUCGCUACAGUUGGCUAACGACUACACGGUGGAGAUCGACUGUGCUGAAGGGCUCGAGGAGAGCGUUGACACCAUGGGGCUGACUCUUCUCAGCACACACAGAGCUACCGAGCGCUUCACAAGGCUAAACACGCAAGUGGGAGGCUCCACAUAACCCACUGUGCAUACAUAACCCGUAACCCACAACUACAUAACCCGGUGUGCAUACAUAACCCACAACUACAUAACCCGGUGCGCAUACAUAACCCAUAACCCACAACUACAUAACCCGGUGUGCAUACAUAACCCACAACUACAUAACCUGGUGCGCAUACAUAACCCACAACAACCCACAACUAUAUAACCCGGUGUUCAUACAUAAGCCGUAACCCACAACUACAUAACCCGGUGUGCAUACAUAACCCAUAUCCCACAGCUACAUAACCCAGUGUGCAUACAUAAGCCGUAACCCACAACUACAUAACCCGGUCUGCAUACAUAACCCAUAACACACAACUACAUAACCCGGUGCGCAUACAUAAGCCAUAACCCACAACAACAUAACCCGGUGUGCAUACAUAUCCAAUAACCCACAACUACAUAACCCGGUACGCAUACAUAACCCACAACUACAUAACCCGGUGUGGUGUGCAGGGCUUAGACUCGUUUUACGGUUAUGGUCCAUACAGCAGAGCUCGUUGAAAGCUGAAAAAUGUUAUUUUUAUUUUGGAGAGGCAUUCAUUUCACAUCAACAUCAUAUAUAUAAGUAUAUACGUAUAUAUACAUUUUUAUACUGUGUGUUCUCAGACAGACUGGAGAAUGGCAUAUAUUCUAGAGAUAAUCUUACUAGUAGGUUUUGGUUCAAAUAAUGCCGAACUUUAUGAUAUCUAUAGAAAUCAUUUUGUUCCAGGCCAUGUUUUUUCUGUAAGGAUUCAAAGCUCUGGAACGCCCCCUUGUGGACAAAUCUAUAAUAUCUAGUAAGGCCUUUUGUGAGCCCAUCACUGGCAGUUUAAAGUUCCAUCCGUCCAUCACCCAAACCACUUAUCUUGCUCUCAGGGUCAGGGGGAUACUGGAGCCUAUCCCAUCAGUUAUUGGGCGGCAUAUAAAAUAAGACCCAGGUUGUAAGAAACGAGAGUCAUCUUUUAUCUGUUUUCUAUUCACCUCUCCUUUUACCAGUUGUGUCCUGAGUAUUUAGUAUAUGUACCCCGGUGCACUGUUAUGCCCACUCUUAUUCUUGAAUAAUAAAAUUAAUUUCAUUAUUCUUUUACGUUUUCCAUUGCCUGCAUCAAAAAGACAUGCAUGUUAGGGUUAAUACUCCUGCCUGUGUCCCUGAGCAAGGCAGUGGAAAGAAGACCUGGAGUUGGUGCCUGGGUGCUGCAGCUGCCCACUGCUCUUGUCCAACAGGCUGGUUAAAUGUACAGAAGGCUUUCUUUCCUUUAAUAUAUCCUUCCACACGUGUAUUUUAAAAUCGUGGCUAUUAUUAACAUGGAUAUUCUGCUGUACGUCUCCUAAGGCUUUUUUAUUUUGAAUGUGUAAUUUGUGUCGCAGAAAAGCAUCUUGUAUUUCUUCACACCGUUCAUGUAAAAGUAGUGUGGCUUAAUGUGUCAAGUGCUGGGAGUGUAAGAGGUAAACCAGACCUAGCUUGUUACUCUGCUCUCGUGGACUUUUCAGGCCACGGUGUUUUCCUUCACGUUGACAGAUGUAAUUUCAGUGUGCCAAGUAUUAAUAUAGUAAUGAAUAAUAAUAAUAAUAACAGAAUAAUCAUUGCUUUCAUACGAGACAUCGUUUAUUGGAUUUAGGAUCGGAUGAAGUGCGGGUGACUGCACGAGUGCGGGUGAGUGUACGAGGGAUUUCCUCCCGAGUCAUCACCAGACUUCCACAAGCAGUUUCUCAUAAUGAAGACUCAAUGCUUUUUCAAUAUUUGAUGAAGAAAAGGGCUGUAACGGAAAAACCACAUGUAUGGUGACAUACCUUUUGUUGUUCAAAAUCAUUAAAAUGCAAAAUCCUGUUUUCCCUGAAAA